AUGACAGGAAAAGAUCCAAUCACCUCAGACAACUCAUCGAAAAACACUCCAUCUGAAAACCAGAAGCCUGCUACGACAACUAACUCUAACGGUAUGGAAAAGAUAAACGCCACCGUUCUCAAGACCUCCAUCGAAGGCAUUCCCCUCUUAACUCAGGACAACUACACUCACUGGCGACGCAGAGUCAUCAAUCUACUCGAUCUCAUUGACAUGAAGAUUUCUGUGACAACCGAUGAUGGAAUCCUCUCGGACGCCGACAACAAGCUCCUCAAAACCAUAUUUGUGUCUAAACUCGAGUCAUCAGUUCAAGCUAACAUCAUCAACGCAACCAAUGAAGACAGUGCCAAACUCAUCUGGGCGUCCAUCACCCAGUUCUUUGCGUCAAACGAAUCAUCCAACAAAGCCAGGGUGUUCAGAUCCUUCUUGCGAGCUCCAUUCACUCCGAACGAUAUUGUCGGGUUCAUCACCACCAUGAAGACCUUCGAAACCAGACUCAUAGAAGUUGGUUGGACUCUUCCUGCUGAUUCCAUUGGACACCUUGUAAUGGAUAAGUUUCCCGCCAGCUUGGACAACAUCGCCGAUGUCAUCACUCAUUCUGGUAAAGAAAUCACCCUAGACACAGUGGUUGAUCACCUCAGACUCCAUGUUCAUAAUCUCGAAAGCCGAGCCACUGGAACCGGAACCAAAUCGGACCCGAUCACCCUAUUCACUGACAGCUCCAGGAAGUCCACAGAGCACAUUUCACAGAGUCGCCGCUCCACACCCACCCAUAUCCUCCCCUCCUCCGAUAUCCAUUCCCCCCACCCACCGACUCCCCACCCACCCACCCAACCAACCACCCAACCAACUAUCCAACCACCCAACCACCCAAGCAACCAACCACCCACCCAACAUGUCCAACCCCAACCCCACCAUGCCCGCGCACCCCACCGAAGCGCUCGCGCCCCCAGACCGAAGGACGCCGCCGAGGUUCCCGCGGCCGAGGCUGCCACCCAAUCGUCGAAGGACCCCGCCGACGGGCCACAGCCGCUGAAGGUGACCGCCGAGGCCACCUCCGCGCCGCAGGUCACCGCCGACGGUUCCAAGCCGCCGCAGGUCACCGCCGACGGAUCCGAGCCGCCGCAGGUCACCGCCGACGGAUCCGAGCCGCCGCAGGUCACCGCUGACGGAUCCGAGCCGCCGAUGGUCAACGCCGACGGACCCGAGCCGCCGAUGGUCACCGCCGACGGGCGCCAGCGGGAACAGCAGGUCGUCACCGGGGUCGGAAACCCCGCAGGAGCCACGGGAGUCGUCGCGGAGGUCGCCGCUGGGGCAACGGGAGUUGUCGCGCCCGGGACGGGAGUCGUCCACGCCGGAGAGGGAGUCGCUGCCCGAGAGACGGGAGUCGUCACGCCGGGGACUGCCGUCGUCGCCGCCGGGACGGGAGUCGCUGCCCGAGAGACGGGAGUCGUCACGCCGGGGACUGCCGUCGUCGCCGCCGGGACGGGAGUCCCUGCCCGAGAGACGGGAGUCGUCACGCCGGGGACUGCCGUCGUCGCCGCCGGGACGGGAGUCGCUAGCCCAAGGAACGGAGUCGUUGCCGCCGCGCCCGCCACCGGACUCACCUUGGCCCCGGGAGUCGUCGCGCAAGAAACGGGAGUCGUCGCGCAAAGAACGGCAGUCGUCGGGACAACUGCGGGGGUCCUCGCCACCCAGACCGCAGUUGUCAACCCCCCCAACCCGGCCGAGCAUGAUACAAGCCUCUUGGCCCCCGUAGGAGCCGUCAUCCCUGGUGCCGAUUCCAAAACCGAACUUUUCUCCGGAACCCGCACCACGGUUGCCCCCACCGGCGUCAAACCCAAGGAAACAAUCCCACCUGUCACCGGACCCCCUGAAAACCAACCACCCCCCCCUGUCAAACCCAAGGCAACGGCACCAGUCAGCCCCAUCACCACUGAAGAUGAAGAAGAAUCUGAUGACAAUCACGAAGAACCCGCUGAAGAUGACGAAACGGUAACCAUCGAAAAAUGCUUAGAGCUACUUGCAAGUCAAGCCGACAAGCACACUGGCGACAACGCUGAGGAGGACGAGCCCGACGCAAGCACCACACACCGACAUACCCGCUCCUCCUGCGGCCACUUAUUCCGACCCAUUGAUCCUUGA